GAUGGCGCACCGUUCAUUAAUCGAAACGGUAGUUGACAUGCGCAGCGCAAAUCGAAUGACGUCCGUAAUGGCAAACACCCCUUCUUGUUGUCAGUUCUGAAGUUGAGUUUGAUUUUGGGUUAGCUUUUUUGAAAGAACUGUGCCGGCAAUGAGUUCGAAAACGGAAAAAGACAAGGCGAAGCAACUCCAGGAUAAGUGCCAGGCAGUCCUGACCGAUCUGCUUAGAGACGAGGACAACAAGUAUUGCGUCGACUGCGAUUCCAAAGGUCCAAGAUGGGCAUCUUGGAAUUUGGGAGUAUUCCUUUGUAUAAGAUGCGCAGGAAUUCACCGAAAUCUCGGAGUACACAUAUCCAAAGUAAAAUCGGUAAACUUAGAUGCAUGGACACCAGAACAAGUUGUUUCACUACAACAAAUGGGAAACUCUCGAGCUCGUGCAGUUUACGAAGCAAACAUUCCGGAUAAUUUCCGUAGACCACAAAACGACACGAGUCUUGAAACGUUUAUUAGAGCUAAAUAUGAACAUAAAAAAUAUAUAGCUAAAGAGUGGGUGCCGCCAGCGUUACCUAAAGUAAAUUGGGAAAAGGAUAUCGAAGAGGAAUUGGAACGACAGAAACGUAAAAAGAAAUCGUUGGUGGAAAAGAAGAGUUUGGGAACGGUUGAAGUUCCACAAUUGCCAAAACCGAAAAAUCCAAGUCCGAAACCGGUGAGAGCUGUUGGAACUGUUGUUGCGACUACUAAUGAAGAUAAACAAGUGACUGAUUUGUUGGCUUUGCAAAAUGGUGAGGAUGGGUUUAGUAAUUUUUUAUCAGCUCCGCCUAAGGAAGAAAUUAAAAAAGACGAAAAUAAAGAAUUAGUUAAAGAAAAAGAUGCGGGAAAAAGCGAAGAGGAGAGUUUCUUUAAUCAACCAGCACCGACGGAAAAAGAAAAAGCAAAAAUGACUAAAGAUAGUAUUUUAGCUCUAUAUGGAAGCGCGCCAGCCAUUAAUAACUUUAACCCAACUUAUUCAAAUCCUUAUAAUAAUUUUCCUGCGCAACAGAAUUUUCAAAAUUUUAACUUUCCAACGCAACAGCAAUCUUUUCCGGUACAAAAUGGUAGCCAACAAUUCCAGCAACAAUCGGUUUCGAUUCCGACACAUCCAAAUCAAUUCCAAAUUAAUCCAAAUCAAUCGUCGCAAUUUCAACCGCAAUUUAAUCAAUUUCAACCUGCCCAAGGUGUCUCUUUACCCAAUCAGUAUCAAUAUCAAAAUCAACAAUUUCAACAACAACAAACUAACGUAACACCACAAUAUCAAGGUAUCCCAAAUCAGUACAAUUCAAUGUUAUAUCAGCCGCAAACUUUUGGUACAAAACCAUCGUCUGUUCCAAAUCCCUUUUUUGGCAAUCAAACGGGACUUCAACAACAGUUUAGUAAUUUGUCGUUGAGUCAACCAAAUACAAAUACAGCACCAACACUUGCCAGUAAUAUAUGGCAGUGAUUCGUUUUAUUUUAAAGAAGGAAUACGAAAAUAUAUGUGUUCUUAAGAAUA